CCCUUAUCUCCCCCAUUACCAUCUCAAACAACCCAAAACCUUCCCCAAAUCGAUUCCCCCAGAAAGAAAAGAAAAAAAAAUGUCGACCGACAAGCCGCUGGAAGUGGUGACGGGCCUGGACAUCCCGCGGUACAUGGGCCGGUGGUACGAAAUCGCCUCCAUCCCCAACUUCUUCCAGCCCAAGAACGGCGAGAACACACGUGCGACCUACACGCUGCAGGAAGACGGCGCCACCGUCGGCGUGCUGAACGAGACGUGGAGCGGCGGGAAGCGGAGCUACAUCGAAGGCACGGCGUACAAGGCCGAUCCGAAAAGCGACGAGGCGAAGCUGAAGGUGAAGUUCUACGUCCCGCCUUUCCUGCCGAUCAUCCCCGUGACAGGGGACUACUGGGUUCUGUACCUCGACGAUGAAUACCAGUACGUUUUGGUCGGCGAGCCUAGGAGAAAGGAUCUUUGGAUACUGUGCAGGACGACUCAAAUGGAACCGGAGGUUUACGACAUGCUGCUGGAGAAGGGAACGGAGCAAGGGUACGACGUCAGCAAGCUCCACAAGACUCCUCAAGCUAAUCCCCCACCUCCGGAUGCAGGGGAAGGACCUGAGGACAAGAAGGGACUCUGGUGGUUCAAAUCCCUCAUAGGGAAAUAGCUACACAGAGAAAUUUGCUAACAUGGGUUCUCUAAUUUAGUAAUUUCUAUGCGUUAGGAUUGCUAAAGUUUGUGGCUUUUUGCCUGAAAUAGCGAAAUUCCCCCAUUGGUAUGUGUGUGGGGAAAAAUAGCCAUGUAUGCUCUGUUUCUUCUGGUUCGGUGUCUCGCCUGAAGAGGAAGAAGAACUCUGGGGAAGUUCCAUUUCUGUCACUAUCUAUGGUACGGUGUAAAUGGUCUUUGUCGCUACUCGCUAGUGUGUGUGGUUCGUUGUGGCAAGCGGUUGGUUUAGUCGACUGAGUGUCCAAAAUCCAAAUGACAUUUCUAUGUUAUGGUUUUGGCAAUUUGGCUAGUGGCUAUUUGGGUUGCCAUCUGUAUCUUUCGAGCGCCGAUAUUGAGUCUUUGUACUGUACAAAUAUGGGGACAUGCUCUGCAACUCGCAGACCUACGAUACAGAUUUUGAUUUCACAGAACUCACGAUCUGUGGCAGAGGAGAAUUGUCACACGAAAGGAUCUGAGAUUUCAUAUCAUGCGAUUUGUAAUUGACAGGUUCUUUGAUCAUGCAUUUGAGCGCAUAAAUUGCAUUUGAAGAAACAAUCCAACC